CAGGGGGCUUCUCUGAGGAGGUGGCUAGCCAGCUGCCACCUGUGCAUGAGUAGGAGUUGGGUGGACAGUGGCAAAAAGAAACACAUGGGAGGGAGCAGUGUCCUGGGCAAGAAAGAGCUCUGAGUCCUGGCAGUAUUAUUUCAGAAUGUGGUUAUGUAUUCAGUCUAUGAUUCUUCUUCUUUUGGAUGAAUUAACAGGAUGAGCCUGGGACCCCCUGAUUCUCUGUGCUGAGAGGUGCUCACCGUCUCUGUUCCCGCCCACAGUGGAUUUGGUAAAGGAACCUCUCUCGGAGGAUCACCACCGACACUGUCUGAAAUUAGUGAAGAUGAGGAUCUUCUGCCUUCUGCUGCUGGUCCUUGGUGAGGCCUGGAGCCAUGUAACCCCAAGACCCAACUUCGUGCUGCUGAUGGCCGACGACCUUGGCAUCGGGGAUCCUGGCUGCUAUGGAAACAAGACCCUCAGGACUCCCAAUAUUGACCGCUUGGCUGGAGGGGGAGUGAAGCUCACGCAACACCUCGCGGCUGCGCCCCUGUGCACCCCCAGCAGGGCGGCCUUCCUGACGGGCCGGUACCCCAUCCGAUCAGGAAUGGCAGCUCAGAACCAGGUGGGAGUUUUCAUCUUCUCGGCCUCUUCGGGGGGGCUUCCCCCAAGUGAAAUUACCUUCGCCAAGCUUCUGAAGAGUCAAGGCUACACAACAGCUCUGAUAGGGAAGUGGCACCUCGGCACCAACUGUCACAACAGCAGCGACUUCUGUCACCACCCCUUAAGCCACGGCUUCGACUAUUUCCACGGGAUCCCUGUGACCAACCUGCGGGAUUGCAAGCCGGGAGAAGGCAGCGUGUUCACCACAGCCUUCCGGCUGCUGGUCUUCAUACCGCUGCAGGUCCUCGCGCUGGCGCUGCUCAUGGCGGGGCUCCGGUGGCUGGGGCUCUUCCGCGUGCCCCCCGCCCUCAUCUUCAGCCUCCUCUUCCUGGCCGCCCUGGUCCUGGGCCUCCUGCUCUGCUUCCUGCUUUUCCGGCCCCUCAACUGCUUCCUGAUGAGGAAUCAUGACAUCACUCAGCAGCCCAUGUCCUACGACAACCUCACUCAGAGGCUGACGGCGGACGCAGUCCGCUUUAUCCAACGGAAUGCGGAGAGCCCUUUCCUGCUCGUCCUGUCCUUCCUGCAUGUUCACACAGCCCUCUUCUCAUCCAAGAUCUUUGCCGGCAAAAGCAAACACGGCGCUUACGGGGACGCAACCGAGGAAAUGGACUGGAGUGUGGGGCAGAUCCUGGACGUUCUAGAUGAGUUGAAGCUGGCUAAUAACACCCUCAUCUAUUUCUCUUCGGACCAAGGAGCCCACGUAGAGGAGGUGACUGUCAAAGGGGAAGUUCACGGAGGCAGUAACGGAAUCUAUAAAGGGGGGAAAGCCACCAACUGGGAAGGAGGCAUCCGAGUCCCAGGCAUCCUGAGGUGGCCAGGAGUGAUCCAGGCAGGGCUGGAGCUUGAUGCACCUACAAGCAACAUGGACCUAUUUCCUACGGUGGCCAACCUCGCUGGGGCGCCUCUGCCGGAAGACAGGAUCAUUGACGGACGUGACCUGAUGCCCCUGCUUCUAGGGCAAAGCCAGCGUUCUGAUCAUGAGUUUCUCUUCCACUACUGCAACUUCUAUCUGAACGCCGUACGCUGGCACCCACGGAACAGCACGUCCAUCUGGAAAGCCUUCUUCUUCACACCCAAGUUCUCCCCCGAGGGCGCCAAUGGAUGCUUUGCCACACACGUGUGCUUCUGUCACGGGCAUUCCAUCACCCACCACGACCCUCCUUUGCUGUUUGACAUCUCCCAAGACCCGCGAGAGACAGACCCGUUAACUCCGACGUCCGAGCCCCGGUUCUGGGAGAUCCUGGAGGUGAUGCAGCAAGCGGCAGCCCGCCACACCAGGACCCUGCAGGACGUCCCUGAUCAGCUGUCACCGGGAAACAUCAUCUGGAAGCCGUGGCUCCAGAUGUGCUGCUCCUGGUCUGGUCUGUCCUGCCAGUGUGACCGGGAAAAGGAGGAGGGGAGAGGGAGCCAUUAGCUGUGGGCCUCCUCCUCCCUCACGGAUGCACACUGGAAGCAGCCCUGACAUCACCCGGAAUGCAGAUCGGUUCUCUGUCUUAUCACCUGGUGGCUCCAUCAAGAGCCACACAGUUAGCCCACGGGGGAAAAAAAAUCAAGGUUUGUAGGAAGUAGAGACACAGGUGUUCAGGUUACGUCUUCCAUGGCCAACGCUCAUGGGAAAGCAGCGGACCGGAUUCCAAUGAGCGUGGCCAACACCGGGGCAGACAAAGUAGGCAGGUGCACAGGUAACCCAUUCACCUCCCAGCUAAUGUGCAUGACCAGCGGUAGAAGGUGUCACUUCUUCCACAGGCCGGUCUGAGGCAGCGGCCACCGUGAUUCCCCACAGUGCACUAUGAAAGAGGGAGUGCGCUUGAGAGAGCGUUUACGAAAUCAAACCCGGGCAACGUUACAAUGAAUAACAACAGACCAUGUUCUUAACCAGUAAUGGAUGAUGAGUUUCCAGUUUGGUUUUUGGAAGGCAGUCACUGUCAGUGUUAUUUCCAAUGCAUAUGGAUACCCUUCGUGAUGUAUAUGUUUAUAUACAAUUUCUUUCUUUGAGAAGUUUACAGUAUUUAAAAUCAGAAACUGGGGAGUUCCCGCUGGGGCACGGUGGGUUAAGAAUCUGACUGCUGAGGCUCGGGUCGCUAUGGAGGUGGAUAUGCAAUCCCUGGCCCGGGAACUUCCAUAUGCUGAGGAUGCAGCCAUAAGAAUAAAAAUGAAAUCCAAAACUAGAAGCUUGUCAUUAUUUAAGUAAAAACAGUAGAGGCUCACAGAUGGUUUCUACGACAAACUUUUGGGUGACAUCCUCAGGGGGAAUUAAUACCAAGACCAAUCCCCCCUCUACGAAUUUCCAUCCCACAGUUGGUAGUAUUUGAUUUGGGUUCUGCUGUUUCUUUGGCAAACAGCAUUCUGCAUGAAAACAGUACUUCAGCAAUGCCACGGGUCAAGGAGUCCCUUCUCACAGAAUGCAGAAGUGUUGGCGCGUCAAAUGUAUGAUACUUUGUGUGUGAGGGGGAAAACGCAAGCAAACCGUGACCCAUGAUCAUGAAACCUUGUGUCCUUGCAGAAUUUGGUGAUGAAAGAACCAUGCUUCAUGUUUGUCCUGCUGUUUGGGGCAGUCAGAUCCGGUGGCUAAGAAAUAGCUCUGCCUUGAAUCUGCCAUGCAAUGCGCAGUUUCGUUUGAAUUCCAUUUCCCCACCCUCAGUAACACAGGGACAAAUCAUAACCAGGUCACGUAGGAGAUGAGCACGUGGGGACAGAGCUGCAGCAUCUGAACCACCAGCACCCCCCACCCCAAGGAAAAAAUUCACCUGUGUGCCGAACACAGAUGUUACCUUCUGACACAGUGCGGCCUCCAGCAGUGCCAUGCAAAUCCCUAUACUCGUCAGUCCACAGCAGCCACCGUCCACCUGCUCCCCCACUCCCUGUCCCCUCUUUUGGGAACAUGUCUUGGCUUCUGCUCUUGGCUCAGGGUUUUCUGGUCCUAUGAGAUUUCAGUCAGUGGAGUAUCCCACCCCACCGGGCACCUUGAAAAGAAUGCAGUAUCUCCGGCUUUCUGACAGUGGCUCUGAUUUCUGAUUCUGAUUUCCUCAAUUUGUCCCCCCUGAAGCAUUUCUAAGAUCCAACAGCAUCUCCCCAGCUUGUCUAUUUCAAAUUUUACCCUUGCUUUUUUCUUAAAAAAUGAAUUCCUGCUCCCCCUGCCCCUGCCCCAGGAACGGGUCAAAGUUGGAAAACAAACAGGAUUCUGUCUUUGACUGCAUAUUUCUCAUUCCAGAAUUAGCCAAAAAUCCAUCAUAUUGCUUUAGAAAUUGUCUCAGUAAAGAAUGCAUGAGCAUGUGAAUAAAGUGAUCGGAUUAUUGCUAUUAUCAUGCAAAAACAGAAGCCACUCUUAGGAACUUAUGUUUUAAAAAUGAUCGUGUUUACUCAGAGCUGAACAUACUUCCUGCAGGUGGAUUUUGACAGAACCUUUGAUGAUGUGGGAAAUGUGUGAGGAUGAAAUAACUUGAAGGACUUGUAUAGACGAUGUGACUACAUAGCUAUGUGUAGAAUUAAUUGUUUAAUCUGUACGAUGUCGACAGCCCAUGAAGGAUGCAUAUGCCUCUAGAGGUACAAUGAGCUUUAAGGUAUGUGCCUCAAAAUAGCUUGGAUCCCCAUUGUGUUUCAGGGUAUUUGAAAAUCAGGUUUAUGUGUAAUCCUUCACACCACUUCACCUCCGAACGUUUUCCUUGGAACGUACAACAGGAAAUUUGAAUUCCUUCGCCUGUGAGCUCUUGGGCUGCAUGUCCGCACCUCAGUGGGUUUUGAAACUCGCAACAAAUUCUUUUUAAAAAGUCUUUAUAUUUCUAGAAUCCCAUAGAUGUUAAAAGCUAAGCAAACAGCAACCUACAGACAGGCGUUGCUUGACGGCGUCCGCAAUGCUGCUUGAAGAGCAAAAAAUCGCAAAAUCGAGGUAUGGACGUGUUCCAGAAAGGAAACAGAUUUCAGUGUCCCUGAAAGGGUAUCCAUGAAGGAAGAGGGAAGAAACGGGAAACGUAUUUGGCACGUGUCUGAACAAAGCGAUCUGGGCAGGGAGCGCAUCUGUGAAGGUUUCUGAGAACCUCAUUCCAAUGUCAAUGCAAAAUGAAAAUAAAAUUUUCCUUGGCAAUGAAA